CGUAAUUCGCCCAAAACGCGCGUUUAACUUUACUCUGCUGGAAGAAGAUCCACGCCCGUAAUUUCCAAUUACCACCAGUAUUUCUCUAAUUACGGUCGUAAUUUGGUGGAUGCUUGCCCGUAAUUUUAUUGCCGAGAAGAAUUCUUGGGAAAGUGGCUCGGCAUUUGUUUUACGGGCAUGCCCUGACCAAUUACGGCCGUAAUUUGGCAGGGGCUGCCCGUAAUUUGUCCUGUGAAUCACCAUCUGACCUCCAAAUGACCCAAAACUUGCACCUAUGCACCUCUUUACCUGCUAGGACCUGAAAUACGAAAAAACAACACAACCUAGCGUAAAAUAGGCCAAGGAACCAUCAAUUCAAGCUAAAAUGGACAGGAAACCAGAGUGAAAACACGUGCAAAUACGAUGCUAUCAGUGAUACCACAUGAACAAGGAAGGGAGGUUGAAGAAGCAAUUGGCGUCCAGGCUGAGGACGAAGUUGAGGUGGAAGAGGCUUGCACCGGGCAUGAGUUACAUUUGAUAUCUCCACCAAACGUCGAGGAACUACUUAGCAAUGAUCCAUUUGCAGUGUCUCUUUGCCAUACCAAGGUCACGUCAACAUCGGUCCCUCUUGGUGGACACGAUGGUGGUCAAUCGAUGCUGUCAUAUCUGGUUUGGGCAAUGAGACGAGAGAAGAGAAGAAGAGGUCUCGAGGGUGGAGACUUCAUUCGCAUCAAGUGCACGAGCUUCCAUCACCUGUCAUACCACAUGCUCGUGACUUGAGACUCCACCUCAUUGACGAGAACCUCAACUUCAAGGAGGUUUUGGGGUGGACCGAAACUUAGGAGCCAUCGUCCGGCUCACGACGUGAAAGAAGCGCUUGUUGGGAGGCAACCCAACCAGUCGGUUUUCAUUUCUUUCUCUUUUUCUCCUCGGUUGAGUCAGUUUUGUUAUUUGAUUUUAGAGUCAAUAACUCAACCUUUGUGAGAUUUUGUGUGGUGUUUGUGGUCUGACCACUCUCUCCUCCUGGAAUACACUGCCUGCCCCGUCCACCAUCAUUCACCCUGAUCUGGUAACUUCGUUCUUCCCUCCUUAUCUUUCCUCCAUUGAGGACAAUGUCGUGCUUAAGUGUGGGGGGAUGUUCGAUUAUGUAUGCGGGUGAAUGUUUGGCUGUUUGUGUGCUUGGAGCCUAGUCCACUGUCCAAAUUUUUAAAUUUGAGGGCUCCAAGUACGUGUUUCCUUGCAAAUUGCCUGCUCAGUAUGCUUUGAAUUGACAGUCUCUAUAGUAAUGUGCAACCUAGGGAGGUAGUGUAGCACUAUGGAGGAUGUUGAAGUAUAAGAUUUUUCCUAUCUAGCUCUCUGCUGUGCCAGUUGAUUUUGUGAAUUAGUGGAGCUAAGACCAUUGAAUUCAUGUGGUAAUGGUGACUAUGUUUGGAUUGUGUUAUGGACUCGUGUAUGGAACAGGGUGCUCAUGUGAAAAAUGAAAAGCAGUUGGUCCUCCAUGUCAAAAUCAUAAAAUCUUAAACAUGGG